CAAUUUUUUUUUUUAAUGUCAAAAGUGCAACAAGAAGCAACUACAUGGAUUGAUAAACAAUCAUAUUCCCCUUAUCCUAUAUGGGCACUUUCUGCAGCAACAUUAGCAGCAUUACCACUUGCUGUCAAGAAAUCACCCGGUGUUCCAUCCAUGUUUCAAUCCAUGGCAUUCUCAGCUAUUUUUGGAGGAGCAGGCUAUGUGAUUCAUGUAGGUGAUUCUGAAAAUGGAUCUGGUAUUGCUACAGCUUGGUGUCUUUCUUGGUCAUUUCUUAAUGCAAAAACUGCUCUUAAAUCCAUGAAACCAGUCCCGUUGGCUUUGCUUGGUGCAGUUACCUUAAAUACAGUGAUCUAUGGUAAAAGAACCUUAAAAGUAAAUGGUUACCUAUAAACUUUUUUUUUUGUCGCAUGAUCUCCCAGGAAAAAAAAAAAGAUUGCGUAUUUUCAAUUUCUACUAUUUUCUC